AUGUCCAGUGAAACUCCCGACCGCGAAGUUUUGCCCACAAAUGUGAGGCCGCUGCACUACGAUUUGAGUGUGGAGCCCGACUUCGACACGUUCAAGUUCGACGGAAGCGUCAAAAUUGAUUUGCAAGUCAACGAUCCUAGCAAAGACACCAUCCAACUGAACACGCUGGAGAUCGAUAUCCAUUCCGCAGCAAUUGGAAACCAAAAGGCUCUGAAAUGGGAUAUCGACACCGAAGCCCAGGUCGCCACGUUCGAGUUCCCCCAAGGUUUCUUCAAAAAUCAAAAAACUGUUACUCUGGAAUUGACUUUCACAGGUACCCUUAACGACAACAUGGCCGGUUUCUACCGUGCUAAAUACAUCGACAAGAAGACCGGUGCAACCAAGUACAUGGCCACCACGCAGAUGGAGGCCACCGAUGCCAGAAGAGCGUUCCCCUGUUUCGACGAACCCAACCUCAAGGCCACUUUUGCAAUCACUUUGAUCUCCGACCAGCACUUGACACAUUUGUCCAAUAUGGACGUCAAAUCCGAAUGUUUGAAAGGCAACAAAAAAUACACUACCUUCAACACUACCCCCAAGAUGUCCACUUACCUGGUUGCGUUUAUUGUGGCUGAACUAAAAUACGUGGAAAGCAAAAAUUUCCGUAUUCCAGUUCGUGUAUAUGCCACUCCAGGCGACGAGCACGAUGGGCAAUUCGCAGCUGACCUUACGGCCAAGACAUUGGCGUUUUUUGAGCGCACUUUUGGCAUUGAAUAUCCACUCCCUAAACUCGAUAACGUUGCAGUACAUGAGUUUAGCGCGGGUGCUAUGGAAAAUUGGGGAUUGGUGACUUACAGAGUCGUGGACGUACUUUUGGACCGCGAAAACUCAACUUUGCAGCGAGUUCAAAGAGUCGCAGAGGUUGUUCAACAUGAGCUUGCCCACCAGUGGUUUGGAAACUUGGUCACCAUGGACUGGUGGGAAGGUCUUUGGUUGAACGAAGGGUUCGCCACUUGGAUGUCGUGGUACUCGUGCAACGAGUUCGAGCCAGAAUGGAAAGUCUGGGAACAGUACGUCUCCGACAGUUUGCAGUCGGCAUUGGCGUUGGACGCUCUGAGGUCUUCUCACCCUAUCGAGGUUCCUGUCAAGAGAGCCGACGAAAUCAAUCAAAUCUUCGAUGCCAUUUCGUACUCUAAAGGCUCUUCAUUGUUGAGAAUGAUUUCUGUUUGGUUGGGAGAGGACGUCUUCAUCAAAGGUGUCUCCAAUUACUUGACCAAGUUCAAAUACGGCAACGCUAAAACGGAAGAUUUGUGGGAUGCUCUAUCGAAGGCUUCUGGUAAGGACGUGCGCAAGGUCAUGGAGAUUUGGACGAAAAAAGUCGGUUUCCCUGUCGUCUCCGUGGAAGAAGAUGGUAACAAAAUUACGUUCACUCAAAACAGAUACUUGACCACCAAGGACGUCAAACCUGAAGAGGAUGAAACCUUGUACCCCGUAUUCCUGGCUCUAAGAAACAACAAAGAAAUUGACCAUUCCUUGGUUCUCAAUGAAAGAUCCAAAACUGUGACUUUGAAAGACGCUGACUUUUUCAAAGUGAAUGCCGAUCAAGCCGGGAUUUUCAUCACCUCGUAUUCAGAUGACAGAUGGGCCAAGUUAGCUCAACAGGCAGAUCAACUAACGGUAGAAGACAGAACUGGUCUUGUCGCUGAUGCCAAGGCUCUUUCGACGUCUGGUUACACUUCGACCACUAACUUCUUGGAGCUUGUUUCCCACUGGAGAAGCGAAGAUUCUUUUGUUGUAUGGGAGCAGAUGAUCAACAGUCUAUACUCUUUGAGAGCUUCAUGGCUAUUUGAACCUAAGGAAGUGAACGAGGCCUUGGACGAGUUCACCAGACAGCUAGUCUCCGAUAAGGUCAAGAAGCUAGGCUGGUCAAUCAAUAAAUCGGACUCUUACGCCAUUCAGCGUAUGAAGGUCGAGAUGUUUUCAACUGCCAGUGCGGCAAAGAUACCAUCCGUGGUGUCUGCAUCCUUGGAAAUGUUCGACAAGUUUGUUGCCGGCGACAAGAGUGCCAUCCCAGCACAGCUAAAGCCAUCCGUUUUCAGCACAGCGGCCAAGAAGGGCGGUGAAGAUUACUACAACAAGCUGUUCUCUAUCUACCAAAAUCCUUUCAACACCGAUGAGAAGCUUGCAGCUCUGCGGAGUUUGGGAAGAUUUGAAGACGCAAAGCUCAUUCAAAGAACCCUGGGCUAUUUGUUCGAUGGUACCGUUCUGCUGCAGGACAUUUACAUCCCAAUGCAAGGUCUGCGUAUGCAUGCGGCUGGUAUCAAAGCUCUAUGGACUUGGAUCACCGAAAACUGGGACGAACUCAUCAAGAAACUCCCACCUGGACUCACGAUGCUGGGCUCCGUUGUUGCUCUUGGAAGCUCUGGCUUCACGUCUUUCGAGUCCAUUGACGAAGUUAAGAAGUUUUUCAGCACUAAGUCCACCAAGGGUUUCGACCAAAGUCUAGCACAAUCCAUGGACACCGUCACCUCUAAGGCUCAAUGGGUUAAAAGAGAUCGCGACCACGUCUCGAAGUAUUUGAAAGACAAUGGUUACCAAAAGUCUGCGUAA